GAUCUGCGGCGCGUUUGAUCUCGCCGCCGGAGCCGGUCCCGCUGCCCCUGUCUCACAAACGAGCCGCCCGCCUCUUACCUUUAUUCGGUCCGACGCCGCGCGACGAGGCCCUUCGCCCUCGCUCUAAAUAGAGGCUUUAUUUUGUAAACAGGGAGCGUUAGCGCUACCGUGAGCGCGCGCCGGUUCCGUGGCCGCGGUGCUCGGCUGCCAGUGGUGCUCGAGCGGCGGCCAGUAUGGGGUGUGCUCGCCGCGGUCGCUUGCCGCGCUGCUGUCCGCCAGCUGCCAGCCGUUAGUGAUGAGUGUCAGCAGCGGCCCGCACUGCCGCUCCUACUGGCUCACAUGGACCUUCUGUGUGAUUCUCACUGUGGCCUGUGAAAGCGCAGCUCCAGACAGUUUGAAACUUGUAUGGUUGUCGAACACAUCGCUUACCUGUAAUGAUGGUUCACGAGCAGGGUAUUAUAUUCGACGUGGAACCAAUAAUCACCACUGGGUGGUAUACUUAGAGGGUGGCGGGUACUGCUGGGAUGCGGCAUCGUGUGGUGCGCGGUGGCGUCGCAGGCCGGGUCUCAUGUCAUCCUUGCGAUGGCCUCGAGCUCGCCGAGCUCCAGCCUUGCUGUCUUCAGACCCGCAAGCGAAUCCACUCUGGCACGCGUCUAAUCACGUCCUGCUGCCGUACUGUUCGAGUGAUAUGUGGACGGGGACUCGCACGGUUCGACGCUCCAACAGUAGCUUUGCCUUCACAGGCAGACUGAUUGUACGUUCUGUAUUCGAUGAACUUCUGCAGCUAGGGCUGGCUGGGCGUCUCUUGCUCGUCGGUUCGAGUGCAGGUGGAACAGGAGUUAUGUUUCACGCGGAUGGUGCAAGGAGAAGUCUUCGAGCUCAUGGUAUUCGCGUCGCAGCUAUCGCUGAUUCCGGCUGGUUUCUGGACAGACCACAAAAGACACGAAGGGCCUCAUCAGCCGAUAACAUCGCCCGGCUAGGUCAUUCAUUGUGGCUGGGAUCACCACCGAUGGCAUGUGUUCGAGAAUAUCGCGAUAAGCCGUGGCUGUGUUAUUUCGGGUAUCGUCUGUACCCCCACAUCCGAACGCCUCUAUUCGUUUUUCAAUACCUUUUUGAUUCUGCACAACUUACUGCAGAGGGAGUUCGAGCCCCGCGGACUAGAGCACAGUGGGACGCCGUUCAUGAGACAGGUUCCGCAAUUCGCGCAAGUCUUAAAAACGUACGUUCCACUUUUGCACCCGCGUGCAUUGCUCACGGCGCACUCGCGCGACCCGAGUGGUUAGCGAUUAAUGUAUCAGGUGUGUCAUUACCGAGAGCAAUCUCGUGCUGGGAGAGACGAUUUAGUAACGGUAGUAGGAAAGAGCGCGCACGAUGCGCGCCAAGAAGACUUGUGGAACGAUGCUCUUGGCCGCAGUGCAACGGUUCUUGCCCUCGAUUGCGCGAUCCUCGGACCGGCGAGGAAGUGGCGCUAGCUGCGCUGUUACAGAGCUUCGGUCUUGACGUCCGCGGCGCGGCGGCUGCGAUGGGUCUUGACGCCCGCGCUUUAUCUCGCAUGAGUCGCGCGGAACUAUUGCCGUUGUUGGCUCCGCACACGUGAUAUAAGAUAUGACUGUAACGUGCUUCGUGCACGGCUAAUCUACCUCGUUUUGUUGCAAGUACAAUUAUUAAUAAUAUUUACAUACUAUUUAUUGUAACGUAUAAUAAAUUAAUAUAAGUAAAAAAUUAAACAUUA